AUGCAGGCCAAGAAGCGGUACCUGCUCGUGUCUGUGGGGGCCGGUCUUGUCUUCCUCGUCUAUCUGUGGGGAUUACAUAUCGGGGAGUUCCAGCAGCAGCCGUACCAGUACCACCAGCAGGAAUACCAGUAUUACCACCACAGCCAGGACCUUUACCAGCCUAGGCCUCAGCUUCAGCUCCAGAGAAGCCCAUCCAGACAGCCCAGGCGCUGGCCCGAGCCAAGCCACCUGCUGGAGCCUUACCUGGAGGACGGAGAGCAGGAGGAGGACAGUCCUCGGCUCCAUCACCAGCACACUUCUCCCCGUGAACGACGGGCAAUCUGUGACAACAUCUACAAGAACAGGCGCUGCCGCAUGGAAACCUGCUUUGACUUCAGUCGCUGCCAGUCAGGCUUCAGGGUUUACAUCUACCCACCACAGAGAGGGGACGAGAUCUCUGAAAGCUACCAGAAGAUCUUGUCUGUAAUUGAGGAGUCUCGCUUCCAUACCACGGACCCUUCGCGGGCAUGUCUUUUUGUUCUGGCGGUGGACACCCUGGACAGGGACCAGCUAUCGGCUCAGUACAUCCAGAACGUGAGAUCUCGCAUUCAGAACCUGCCAACGUGGAAUGAUGGCAGGAACCACCUCAUCUUCAACCUGUACUCUGGCACCUGGCCAGACUACACAGAGGAUCUGGGCUUUGAGGUGGGCCAAGCCAUGUUGGCCAAGGCCAGCGUGGAUGUGGUAAACUUCCGACCAAAUUUUGAUAUUUCUAUCCCUCUGUUCUCUAAGGAUCACCCCCUGAAAGGAGGUGGCAAAGGUUAUUUGACACUUAACGAUGUUCCACCUUCCAGGAAGUACUUGUUGGUUUUCAAAGGGAAGCGUUACCUGACUGGCAUAGGUUCAGAGACGAGGAACGCUCUGUAUCACAUCCAUAAUGGGGAAGAUAUUAUACUUCUGACCACUUGUAAACAUGGCAAGGACUGGGAGAAACACAAGGACUCUCGGUGUGACAGAGAUAAUGAAGAAUACGCAAAGUAUGACUACCAGGAACUGCUCCAUAACUCCACUUUCUGCCUGGUGCCACGGGGCCGACGCCUGGGAUCCUUCCGCUUCCUGGAGGCCCUGCAGGCGGCUUGUAUCCCGGUUCUUCUGAGUAACGGCUGGGAGCUUCCUUUCUCCGAAGUUAUCGAUUGGAGGAAAGCUGCCAUCAUCGGGGACGAGAGACUGCUGCUACAGGUUCCCUCCAUUACCCGGUCUGUGGACCGUGGCAGGAUCUUGGCUCUCCGCCAGCAGACUCAGUUCCUCUGGGAUGCCUACUUCUCUUCUGUAGCCAAAAUCGUCUUAACUACACUGGAGAUCAUCCAGGACCGAGUACACUCUCAUGUGUCCAGAAACCAGUUGAUGUGGAAUUCACUUCCUGGCGGGCUUUAUGUUCUCCCCGAGUUCUCGACUGACCCCGCCGUCUUCCCGUUUUACUAUGCUGCACUGGGUAAGCUCCCGUCCCAGCAGUUCACAGCGGUGAUCCAUAUGGUUACUCCUCUACAGUCCCAGGUCUGCCCCGUGGUGAAGCUCAUCAUUGCGGUAGCUAGGUCCAAAUUUUGUGCACAGAUUGUGGUGUUAUGGAACUGUGACAAACCUUUACCUCCCAGGAACAAGUGGCCCUCCACCAGCGUGCCUCUCACUGUCAUCGAAGGACAGACGAAGACUAUGAGCAGUCGUUUUUUCCCCCAUGAUGUCAUCCUCACUGAUGCCAUUCUCAGUCUGGAUGAGGACUCCGUUCUCUCAACCAAUGAGGUGGAUUUUGCCUUUAUCGUUUGGCAGAGUUUUCCAGAGCGGAUCGUAGGGUAUCCGGCUAGGAGUCAUUACUGGGACAGCUCCAGGUCCCGAUGGGCCUACACCUCCAAGUGGACCAACGACUACUCCAUGGUCCUGACUGGGGCAGCUUUCUAUCACAGGUACUACCAUUACUUGUACACCUACUAUGUCCCAGCCAGCCUGCUGACUAUGGUGGACCGCAUGGCUAACUGCGAGGACAUCCUAAUGAACUUCCUGGUGUCGGCCGUUACCAAGCAACCGCCGAUCAAAGUCACCCAGAAGAAGCAGUACAAGGAGACCAUGAUGACCCAGGGCUCCAAGGCAUCUCGGUGGGCCGACCCGGACCACUUCGCCCAGCGACAGACUUGCAUGAACGCCUUCAGUCACUGGCUGGGCUUCAUGCCCCUGGUACACUCCCAGAUGAGGCUGGACCCUGUGCUGUUCCGGGACCAGGUUUCCAUCCUGAGGAAGAAAUACAGGGACAUCGAGAGGCUGUGAGCGCUGGAGGAUACACACUG